CAGUUGGACUUCUUUACCGAACCCACGAUGUCUGCUAACAUCUCCUAUGUCCUGAUGGCAGUCGGCGGCGCAAUGUUCUUCCUCAGCAUCCUUGGUUACUGCGGAGCCCUUCGGGAGUCCAGGUGUCUUCUAGGAUUCUAUGGUUUCCUGCUGGUACUUAUACUAGUAUUGGAGAUAACAGCAGCUGGAAUGGCAUACUUCUACAAAGAUAGAGCGGAAGAUGAAGUUAGAACUCUUCUAAAGAGCACAAUCACUUCGUACUACUCACCAGAUAAUGCAAACGAGAAUCCUCAGACACAGUUCCUCAAUCUUAUCAUGAUUAAGAUGCAUUGUUGCGGAGUCGAUAACUACAAUGAUUUCAAGGACUCUCCUAAUUUCAACCAAUCAGGUCUUGUUGUGCCUCCAGCCUGCUGUUUCUUCCAAGAAAUCAAUGGAAACAGAACAUUAUUAGACCCUGAUUGUCCGAAAAAUCCUAAACUGGAGAAUUCAUACUUUAUGACCGGAUGUUAUACUACAAUCAUGCAACAAAUCAAGGAUCAUAUGGAUAUUGUGAUAUAUGUUAUUGUCGGCCUUGUAGUUGUAGAGUUAUUAUCAACUUUUUUGUCUUUUUGUCUCUGUAAAUCGCUCCAACCGUUCAACAAAUGAAACAAUUUUCGGAAACCAUUCCACUGCAAUGUGAUAAUUUAAAUGGGACCAGAACUGCCAUAGACUUAUUUGUGAGUUCAAGGGUGGUGAUCUUAAUUUAAAAUCAGAGCCUGAUAAAAAUGCCAAAUGUAAUGUACAAAAUUUGUCUGUAACGUUUUGGUUUCUAUGGCUGAAAUGAGAAAAAAUAUGAACAACAAAACAAUUUAGGUGUAUUUUUUAAUUUAAUAAUUGAAUGAAUAUGAGUUUUUAAUUGAUUCAAAAGUUUAAUAUAUGUUCAUAAGACAAUUAGAAAAUAGCCAAAUGAGGCAUUUUUAUAUAUUUUUUAUUUGUUUAUAUAGAAGGCAUUGAGAUGAUGUUCAAUAGUUGUAAAUAUGUUGAAUGAUGGAUAAGUAUCAAUUGUGAGAUUUUUGAAUAGUCCAAUAUAUGAUUUUAAUUUUUUUUGUAAGCUUCUGAUAACAAGUUGUAUUUAUGUUUUACUGUAUUAUAGAGAGAUUGCACAGUAUUUAAUUAUUAUUUUUUGUUUUGCUCUAGUGCCUUUGUUUUAUUUUAUUAUUAUUAUUAUUAUUAUUAAAUACUUUCUAAGGUCUAAAUGUACAUAUUAAACCUAAUACUUCUAUGUAUGUAUAGUUGAAUUAAACCAUAUUCAGGAAAUGUAUAUACAGAUAUAAUAAAAAAUUACAAUGAAUGUAUUUACCUUACAAUAAAAUAAAAUAAUUGUUAUAUAUAUUGUUCAUUUCAAUUCCUUGAUCCAAUUAAAUGCAGCUGAAGUAAUUAAUACAAAAGGAAUAAUAAAAGAAGAAAUUAACUAAGAUCCUACAAUAUGCCUCAUAAAUAAUGGACAAUUUUUAAAAAGGUGAUAGUACAUAUAAUAGUUAUACCUUAAAAAUAACAAAAAUGUACCUUUAAUCCAUGGUCUAAUUCCUCACAGAAAAGAAAUUUAAGUCUUUUUAAUUAGGUCUGUAGAAUAGAAGUUAUAACUAAAAAGUGCUAUGUGAUCGUGUUGUAUAAAAACAAUGCAAUUGUCUGAAAAAUAAUGCAGUGAAAAAGAAAAAUAGAAAAAAAAGACUCACAACUGUUUUAUUUAAUCAAAAUAAUUUAAAUUACUUUCAAUAUAUUUCUGCUACUUCUGGGUCUUCUUCAAUGUUGAAUUUAAAUCAGGUAUACAAAAGAUAUAGAUAUGUGUAUAGUAUAAAGACAGAAGUAAAUAACAAAAAGAAAAACUUAAUAAAUCAUGGAUUAAGAUAAGGUCAGAGACAGGAAUGCAAAUAAUAGUAGAGAUACAUAUUGUUUUAUUUUAUGUAUUGCUUUAUUUUAAUUUUAUUGUAUUGCUUUUUGUACCAAAGAGAAAAAAAGGAAGAGAAAAAAAACAACAGUAAAGUUCAAAUUUUAUUUUUUUAAGAGUAUAUUUGGGUAGAAACAAAAAAACAGUGAAGUUCAAAUUUUAUUUUUUUAAUAGUAUAUUUGGGUUGUAAUUUAUAAAACUUUUACACAAGUUUAUUUAGUAUAUAUUUUGCAAAAUACAAACAGCACUUAAAACAAAUAAAAAUAACCACUUAUAUUAUGCUCAUUCAUAAUAUAUAU